AUGGAAGAAAAUCAUGUUUUAGUGAAUCCAGGACUUAUCAUUAGUGCAAUUGACAUUUUAUUAGACGAUGAUGACAUUGAUCAUGCACAUGAAAUUAUACUGCAAGGGGCAAGACAGGAGCAUCCUAAAAUACAUGGUUAUUUUGAGGAAGUAAUUCCUCUUUAUCCGUUGUCAGAUUUCAAAUCACACUUUCGAAUGACGAGAACCACGUUCGCUAGACUGGCAGAAACUUUCGCUCCACUAUUAUUGGGAAACAACGGUGGACCACAAGCUACAGAUCCACAAAAGCAAUUGUGCAUUGCCUUAUGGAUUUUAUGCAAUCAAGAAGUUUAUAGGUUUUUUAUUUUUCAAGCUUUAAGAAUAAUAAGUGAUGCAUUAUUUCCUAGUGCACACGACUUUCGGUCUGUAGCCGAUCGCUUUGGUGUAUCAAUAAAUACGGCCUGGAGAAUCACCAUCAGAGUGGCCGAAGCAUUGAACCAGAGGGCAAGAAAUUAUAUCCGAUGGCCUGGAGCAAAUGCCGUGAGAAGAUUAACUGAAGAAUUCAGAAACAUCGGCGGAUUUCCAAAUAUAAUUGGUGCAAUAGACGGCUCUCACAUCGAAAUCACCGCUCCUUCAGAGAAUUCAGUCAGCUAUAUUAAUAGAAAAGGAUUUCAUUCAUUAUUAGUACAGGGGAUUUGUGACAUCGAUAUGAAAUUUAUCGACGUCUUUACUGGACUCUGUGGCAGUGUUCACGACUCUCGCGUUUGGGCGUUAAGCGACAUAAGAACAACUGUAGAAGCAAAUCCAGGAAGAUUUUUUCCAGAAGAUACCCAUAUCAUAGGAGAUAAGGCAUAUGGACUCAAGUUUUAUUUAAUGACGCCUUAUAAAAACCGUGGAAAUUUGACUCCAAUUGAAGUAAACUACAACUUCAUCCACUCGAGACAUAGAAUGGUGAUUGAAAGGGCAUUCGCAUUAUUAAAAGGACGUUUUCGUAGAUUAAAACAUUUAUAUCUACAAAAUGUUGAAUACGGAGCUUUAAUAAUACUCGCUUGCUGUGUUCUCCACAAUAUUUGCGUUAAUUUAAAUGACGAGAUUAAUCAAGAGAUUCUUGACGAGGUAGGGGUACUUCAAAUUGAAGAUAAUGACGACGAUAAUGAUGAUGUCAACAUUCCAGUCAAUAGACGAAAUGUAGCUGCUGAUGCUGCUGCUCACGCAAAAAGAAACUUUUAA